CCCAUUUUCUUCUCUGGAGCAGGUCAUGUCCCACCUGGCCCUGGGAUGACCACAAAAACAAUUUAUUUUAUGGUCAACGGGAGGCUGGAACAGGCAGAGUUUGGAGCCGACUGCUCUGCUGCAGAUGUCAAAGGUAAGUAACGGCCUGGAUGUUGUUUCAGCUGCUGAUUUGAAGAAAUGAUGACCAUGUUAAGGGAUGAAACUAUGUCACAGUAACUAUUUUUUUCAAGAGAUUAAUUCAAGUUCUACAAGUAAAAUAUGUUUUAGAAUUAUGUGAUCAUGACAUGGUGUUGGUUUCUCCUCUGGCUCUUGUCUGAAGGCCUGACCUCCAUGUGGUUGUGACAGGUCCUCUGCUGAAAGAGCUUACUCCUCUCAUUAUCUUGACUCAGUGAUGAUGAUGAUGAAUAAACAAUGAGCUUAUGUACACAACUGCUUGAAUCGGGUCCUUGACAGUCAUAUGGUGGAAUAAUGCUGCAAAAAGGCCUGAAGGGAGUCUAUGUUUGGAAAGAUCUCCAUGUUUUGGAUUCAUCUUGUAUGUGUAGGAUUUUGUCUUCUCAUUGGUGAUGAGUUAUUGCUACAAUUAUUCCCUCCUCUCUCCUCACAUAUCCAAACAGAUCUGUUCAGAACGGCUGCAGAGGCGGGGCCUAACCACAUUCUUAAGAUGUACGACACAAACGGCAGCGUGUUGAACAUCUCGCCCCGGCUGGAGGCCAACAGUGAAGACUCAUACUACCGACUGGAGGUGGUUGCAUCGGACCUGCAGGGUGAGCAGCAGCAGCAUCUUUGACUGAGAUCCAAGACAUCCACUGUUUAUAAAACCCUCUAUGCUUUAGGAGCAAAAUACCCCAAAUUUUAUUUUUCAAAUCCUUUGGACAAAAUUUCCAAAGCUGCAGGAUGACAUACAAAAUACUGACAGGGUAAGUUGAAGAAGUGGAGCAUUUGUCUAACAGGAAAGACAUCUCUUCUGUGUUUGAUUUUUCCACUCAGGUGUGGGGAUGCCCGCAGAGCUAGACAACAUGGAGUACAGGUGAGGAGAUCCUGAGGAGAAGGUUUAAUGUGUCUUUCUUCUGGUGAGAGGGACUCACUGUUGUUUCUUGGUUCUUGUUUCUGUCUGCAGGCUUCACCAUCUGGAAAGCAAGGUGAUUGAAGACGUGGGGAAGACUCCAGAAAUCAUCAGUGAGAUGAAGAGCCAAGUGGAGUCUUUUAAGAAGAAGCUGGAGGUUUGAAAGAUAGUUUUCAGUGGCAUUUAACCUUCACCAAAGAAAAGAUUCAAUCAAACGUUACUGGUUUCUCCACUCUAGGGCAUCUCAGUUUUCUGUGAUUGAUAAAAUACAAAAAAACUGUCAAGGUCAGUUUUACAGCAGCAGAAACCCUACAUUGCUUCAGUCUGGUUACAUUCACUCACUGCCCAUUUUACAUCUUAUCUACAUAUAAAAAGUCAUGUGAUCGCAGAAAAGUCGUUUUUUCCUCCCUGUCAGAGUGUGCAGCACCUGAGCUGGAUGGGUCUGUUCAGGGAAGAGAGCGACCAUCAGCUCUCAAAGCUCUCCCAGAAACCCAAAACACCUCAGCUGAGCAUGGAGGAGGAGCAGCAACAAGUCCGCAGACAGUUCCUCAACAUGAGGUGACUUUGUCGUAUUUGUCAGUGGAGUCGAACAACUGUUGUUACAUUAAAAAAAUCACCUCAAGUCUUUCUCUGUAGGGAUUCUCUUUAUGUUGUUACACUUUGAAUAAUAGUCGGAGCCUGUCAAUGACAAAAUCAACAUUUAAUGUGCUCCAAGCAAAUGUUCUGCCUGUUCUGUGUUGUUGUAGCUCUCUGCAGGUGACAGAGGAAGUGAGAGAGCACCUGAAAACACCAAUUUUUGACAACUGGUGAGUACAAACACACGUCAACACACUCCCAAGCUUGUGCAAACACACAUACUGUGUGUUACAGUUGUGUGUGGUGUUGCUAACAGGCAGUGGGAGGAGGCCGAGAUGUUGGUGCUCCUCCAGGUGAUGUUCACGGACCUGGACUUCCUGACGGCGUUCCACAUCGAGCUGAAAGUCCUGCAGAACUUCCUGUUUGAGGUGUACUGCCACUACAACAGCAUCCCCUUCCACAAUUUCCAGCACUGCUUCUGCGUCACUCAGAUGGUACAAACAAGAGAGGAGAGACAGGAUGAAUGAUUGAAUAACUGAUGUUUUAUUUGAGGUUUGAGGUUUUUUUUUUUUUUUGCAGAUGUACGGGCUGAUCUGGCUGACCGACCUCAGAAGUAAAUUAUCAUCCAUCGACCUGCUGAUCAUGUUGACCUCAGCCCUGUGCCACGACCUCGACCACCCAGGAUACAACAACGUCUACCAGGUUUAAAUGUUGGAGGUUCAGACCAGUUUAUUCCACAAUUACAGUUUUUGUUUUAAUCCGAGCUCCCGUCCCUCCCCAAAAAUCACACAGAUCAACGCUCAGACAGACUUGGCGAUCCGCUACAACGACAUCUCCCCUCUGGAAAACCACCACUGCGCUGUCGCCUUUGGCAUCCUGUCAAAGGUACGAGAACCAUGAUAGAUGAGGCGUCUGUCUGUGAUGAAGAGAUGUGAAACCCCAAAUGAGGAAACUGAAGGAUUGAAAAAAAAAAAAAAAACGGUCAUAAUUUUAAUGAAAAUAGAGGUUUACAGAGUGUACUGCAUUCACAAAAAAAAGUACAAAAAAACAAGAUAAAAAUUUGAAGAUGAAAAAAGAGAUGACCCCAUAGUCGAGCUAUCUAGGAGCUGGAGAGUCAUCUGAUUUGGAGCAGCCAGGAGGUUAACGUUAUCUGAUUGUAUGUGAUUUUCGCAGGAUCUUAAAGUAUCUUGUUUCGUCAGAAAAAAAAACAAAAAGACAAAAAAAAGUACAAAAACAGAAAAACGAAAAACAGAGUAUAAAUUUGUCCAUAAAUAAAGGAAGAGGGGAAAAAUAUUGGUACAAAAAAAACAGAAGCGAAAAAAUAGCCUGAAAAAAAAAAAGUUACGUAAAACAGAAUAAAAAAUUGUAAAAAAAAAAAAAAAACAGAGAGGGGGGAAAGUAGUAGUACAAAAAAAAAACAAAAGAGAAAAAUAAGUCAGAAAAAAAGAGAAUGAGAAACCGAAUAAAGAUUUGCCCAAAAAACAGAAAGAGGGAAAAAUAUAUUGGUACAAAAAAACAGAAAAAAAAAAAAAGUCAAGAAAAACAAUAAAUUUUUUUCCGAAAAACAGAGAGGUAACAAAAUAUUAGUACAAAAAACAGAAGAGAAAAAAUAGUCAGAAAAACAGUUUCCUCUUUUUUUUUGUAAUUGAAUGCAAUAGGCUUCCAUAGCGAUUAAACAACAAUACAACAUAUGCUAAAAGACUAACCUUACGUGUUACCUUGAUUAUUGUUGAGCUUCAAACUAAGUAAAUAUAUUUUCUAACCAAACUUUCAGACCUGUUCAACAAAUGACCAAAAAAUAAAUGUUAAAACUUGAAAAUUGAACGUAUUAAAAUUACUUUUCGUUUGCAGCCAGAGUGCAACAUCCUCAAAAACCUGACCUGUGAGCAGUACAAACUAAUCCGAGGAGGGAUGAUCAAGUAAGGGUUCAGCAAACAGCCCAACUCAUUUGACACUGAUAUCGUUAUUUAAUAUCAUUAUUUUAAAAUGGUUAUAUUCGUCUCUGCAGGUGUAUUCUAGCCACCGACAUGGCCAGACACAACGAGAUCCUCAACAAGUUUAAAAUGAUGCAGCCGGUGUUUGACUUCAACAACAAGGAUCACAAGGAAGUGGUAAAGAAAAAAGGAUUCCUUCUUCUGAAAACUGUUUUCUUUUCUACGUGUUUGACCUGAUCAAGGUGUUGUACAAUUUUAAACAACUUUAUAGCCAUGAAAUGUACACCAGAGGUCACCUUAGCCUCCAGGUUUGAAAGUGAAGCAGGCAGGCAGACAGAGGGGAGUUCAAACAGAGUUAAUGAGACAUUCAGCAUUUUUCAGAUGGCUUAUUCUGCCUGGAAAACAAAAUCUUGCUUGUAAAGAGUAAAGCCAAAUACUAGUAAAACUAGUAAAAAAAAGAAAAUGUCUGACCGGUAAUUCUGAUUCUGCUUCCAGCUGAUGAAGAUCAUGGUGAAGGUGAGCGACAUCUCCAAUGAGGCGAGGCCGAUGGCUGUGGCCGAGCCAUGGCUGGACUGUCUGCUGCAGGAAUUCUUCAAUCAGGUUUUUAAUCUCAGUCUACAGAUCAAUCAAGACGUGACCGCAGACAGCUGAGGGACUGAGAGCAGACAACAUAAGGACGCUUAUUCACAUCAUGAGAUUGUGUUGCAGCCCGUUUUAUUACUGCAGGCUGAAGCAAAGCACCGGAGCAGAUGACAAACUCUUUCACCUUUGAGUAAUUUAGAUCAAAAACAAAUAAAAACAAGGCCCAAGAUUAAAAUUAUUGCAUUACUCCAAUAAUAUGAUAACAGGCUGCAUUUAAUUUCAAGUAAAUCCCCUCAUGAUGACAGAUACCACUCUUUUCUUGCCAUGAUGUGCAGAGCGACACGGAGAAACUCAAAGGGCUUCCAGUGACUCCUUUCAUGGACCGGGACAAAGUGUCCAAACCGUCCUCUCAGACAAACUUCAUCCGUUUCGUCCUCCUGCCGCUCUUCACCGAGCUCACCAAGCUGUUCCCCUGUCUGGAGGUAAAAUAUCACAACUGCUCUCUGAAGUUAGGGAGAAUAAACUGUUGUUUUUCUUUUAAUAAGCAGGACUGAGUAUUAAAACCGAUAUUUGAAAAGGUUCUGCUGUCUCGUUGUCCUGCAGCAGCAUAUUCUGGAGCCGGUGCGGCGGGCCCUGGAGCAUUACUCUGACUUGGAGAAAGCCGGCAAAGAUGAGGACAAGACGACCAAAGCCUGAGGAAGAGGAGGAGGAGGAGGCAAUUUUUCAUCAUCAGUCAAGAAUACAUUUUGUACGUUUGUGUUCAUAACAGAGAGGCACAUUUAUCGCCAGUGUUCAAAGAAGUCCUGUAAGGUUUCGUAGAGCUAUGUUCAAUCAUUUUAGAGACCAAAUCUCUGAUACCAGCGUCCAGUGAAUGAUCUGAGUCACUUUAAGGCAACACCUGAUGCUUUCUGGUGUAGACUGAAAAAUAGUCCUGAACAAACACGAGUGAGCAGCUGUUCUGACAUGAUGGGACUUUGUGAUUGUCAAAAAUAUCUCGUUUUAGGUGUUUUUAAUAAUUCGCUAAACAGACAGCAUCAAGAAGCCACGUUACAAAAUAAAAAAUCAUUAUAGAAGCGCCACCUGGAGACAAACGCGUUUAUUUUUUUUGCCAUUUCAUUUACAAAUUCAAAAAAAGAAAAGUGCAAUUGACUGUUUUCUGUACACAUUAUGGAUAUGAUAAAUAAUGAGGAUUAAAAAAAAAGGGCUCAACAUCAGUGUGUUUUAGACAAAAUUAGAUUAAAUUAAAAACGCUCACAAUACAUUUCAAAUACAUACAACACGGUUAAUUUUGAAAUACAUUCUCUUGGCAAGUAAAAGCAAACUCUUGGUUAUUUUCUUCAACGUGGAGUGUGUUUUUCGAUAUAGAGUUUUCAGUUUUCAUGAACUGUUAGCAGCGGAGGAUUCUUCUUCUUACAUCAAAAACACAGCACAGGAAAUGGAGAUGAGGAUAAAAACACUGAAUAUGCAGUCAUUUCCCCUAUAAUAUUUCUGUAUUUAUGAAAGUGAAAGGAAUCAAUGUAGUUUGAUUUGGAUCCUUUUUAACGUCAGAUGAUUUCCUUCAGCAGCUGCCUACGAGACUGCUGUUAGAGUCACAAAGUCUCUGAUAGAGUUAUCUGUGAAUUUGGGGUUAAACGGCAAAACAGAAUAAAAGAGAUUCAACUUAUUUUACAUUUCGUGUUCAAGUUUUUCAUCAUUUUUUGAAGAACGGAGAACCGAGUCCUCUGGAGUGACCUACUGGGCUGAAAACAGUGCGAGUGAAAAGACGUCGCUGAAAAUGUGAGGGUAAAAAGGGUCAGAAAGCACUUUUUUCUGAAGGGACAAACUGAUGCAUCCUUUUUCACUCCUGAGGAUAUUUACAGGCAAAAAAAAAAAAAAAAAGAAAUCAUCCGCUCUUUCUUGUGAGAAUUCACUUUUUAAACCACAGUAGCUUUUUUAACUCCCCCCCAGGACUGAAUGAAUAAACCUGAUGGAGGAACUUAUGAGGUCUCUGGCAAAACAGUUAACACUUCAACAAAAUAUUAAAAAUUAUACACUCAAACUCGUUUCCAUCACACUCCUUUUUUUAGGCUUCCACCAACAGUUUGACACGGUUAAAUUAACAACAAACAGUCUUCUGGUACUUCGGUACAAAGAACAUGUAGUGUCACCUUUUGUGCCGUCAGACUGAAGUAACAGAAAAAAAAAAAAAAGAGUUGCCUCUGAUGCUUAAAAACACAUGAGCAACUUCAAUAUAAAUAUGGCAGCAACACAAAAUUACACAAAACAAUAGUUAGUCUAAAAACAAAGUGCAGCAGUCCCAAACUUCCUAAAUGGUCCCAGUGUUUUAUUCACCACUAAUGCACAUGUACCGUUUUGUCUUUAAAACCCUCAGAAUUUGACAGAUUUUUGUGUAAUAAUUAACGACACACUUCAAAUUAGGUUUCGUUUUUGUUUUUUUGAGAUGGUUGAAUCUACCUCUGCUUUAAAUGACCACAAAUCCCACACGCUCGGUUUCAGGUGUCAACAUUUUUAUGCCUCUUUCAGGCACAUUUUGUUUCAGUUUGACCCCGUAUUUCCUGUUUGAACAGAGUUACCCCCCCCCCAUGAUUAUCAAAACCUUUUACAGGUCUGUACACUAACUAUUCUCCUCUGUGGCUCCGCCCACUCAAACACUUCAGCUUAGUCUUCAAGUUUCAAACAUUAAAUCAGUCUCAGCUUCUCCUUCAGAGUGUUUUUGAUCAUUAGCAGCGCUUCAUGAAUGACUGUGGGAGGGCUCGAGUUUGGCACGACGACCAUUCAGUGUGCUAAACUCUCAGUUGUCUUGCUCGUACUUUCAAGUUAUCAAAAUAAAGAAAAAGAAGCUUUAAUCAUCUGAUCUUUUCAUUCAGUCUGCAAACAGCUUUUCUUUUGGGGUUUUCACUGUAAAAACAUUGAAGUAAAAGCUAUCUGCCGCUGGUUAGAUACUCCAGCACAGUUACACUGAAAGCAGGAGGAGCAGGAGUGUUGUUGUUGAUGCUACAGGGAGGGACUUGCCUGUCAGGAGCUGGGAGGAACUUUUCACAGGUUGCAGUACAGUAGUGUUGUACCAGUUUCACAUAUGUACACCAUCAGAGGAGCAAAACUAGAUUUCCUGUCUGCUAAUUGAACAUAAUAGACUCUGGAUCCUGGUUCAUCAUCUGGGCCAUGUGUCGCAGAACGUCCUUCUUGGUGAUGAUUCCUAGAAGACGCC